CGGCGCGUUUCUCGUACCUUCAACGGGCGGUCGGCGGUUUUGCAAUUUAGUUGGAACGGGCUAUGAGAAAAAUUUGCGGCGAAGGCCGCGAAGCGCUUGCGCGCGGCAGUACGCGGCACGGCGGCCGCGGCACGGCAGCCCCGCAGUCAGCGGCGCGGCGCGACGCGAUUAGUCUGCGCCGAUACGCUUCUCCACGCUUCGAAUAAUCCCGCGCUCCCGCGCACCCCCCUCACGUCAAACUAACUAAUUGAUUUAUACCCCCAAACAUUACUAAGCGAACUUAUACCAACUUUCUGUGCGACGCAAUCUACAGUGCUGUGAACUUUUUUAAUCGAACUACUCAAAGUUUAUGACUUUUCAGUGUAUUUAAGCUUGUAAAAGUUUUAUUUUUCUAUGUUUUUUUUAAUGACGAAGCCGGACGGGCACCGAUAUGUCAUAGUGAAAUGACACUGGCUGAAUGAUGCGAUCUCGCUUGGUGAGGUGAUCGUAAUGGGGCAUAUAGCGAGCGGAGUAAAACCCGCUUUAUGGCUAUCUCUUCUACAUGGCUUCCUUUUCCUCAUCGCUGAUUCCGGCACCGAGUCACCUCAAGACCACUCAACAAUGGACGUCUCCUCACGUCACUUCAGGGCAGAAUUCCUUCAAGAAUGGCAAGGAUCUCCUGACGCACCCUACUUUGACCCUAGUACACCUAGAAAUAUAACUGGACUGGUCGGACAUCCAGUUCGAUUACUCUGCAGAGUAAAAAACCUGCAGAAUAGAACGGUAUCAUGGGUCCGCCACCGCGACAUCCACCUGCUAACAGUGGGCCGCUACACGUACACGUCGGACCAGCGGUUCGAGGCGCAGCACAAGCCGCGCUCCGAGGAGUGGGCGCUGCGCAUCCGCAGCCCGCAGCGCCGCGACUCCGGCCAGUACGAGUGCCAGAUAUCCACCACGCCGCCUAUAGGACACGCUGUCUUCCUUAAUAUCGUAGAACCAGAAACGGUAAUAUCAAGUGGACCGGAGCUGUUCAUCCAAGCCGGCUCCACCAUCAACCUGACCUGUACCGUGCGUCACACUCCUGAGCCGCCGAGCUCCAUCACCUGGACGCACGGAGAACAGGUAAUUUCAAAUGUGAUAAACUUUGAUUCUGCACGAGGAGGGAUAUCACUGGUGACUGAGAAAGGUCUGAAGAGUACCAGCCGCCUUUUAGUGCAGCGAGCUACGGGGUCCGACGCCGGAGUUUACACAUGUGGACCUAACAAUGCCCCCUCAGCAGCCACAAGGGUUCACGUACUAUCUGGUGAGCACCCAGCGGCGAUGCAACAAGGAUGUGCUAAAUCAACACUAGAUAAGACAGCCUCCAUCCUAUGUUGUUUGUUAACAAUCUACGUGCUAAGAAAACCAUCGUUCAACGACCUACAGUUCGGCACUUGAAUGUAAAAAGUUAUCGCUAAUGAACCGUAAACUGAGUCAAUAAUUCGUAUCGUAAUUUUAUUGCUUGAGAGUAAAACAAGCGUGAUUUAAUAGGGAAAAGGGAUAAGAGAAAUGUGUACUUUACGGUGCCUAAAAAAACUUUGUUAAAAAGUCACGACGUCUUGUGAAUAGACAACUUUUCGGCUCUCACAGUCUUUAAUGUCUCGUUAUUUGUUUUCAUCAAGUUACUUUGUUUAAGUGAUUUUGUUUAGGCCGUUUAACAUUGAGAAUAGUCAUCUCAUCGCAUAGCAGUUUUGUAUAAAAAUAUUUCAAGCGACAUUUUUUUUUAAGAUAUUAAAAUUAAUUUAACUGUUUAAAUAUCUCUUUGUAAAUAUCUCUAUCGCUUUGUAAAUACUUUAAUGUACUACAAUAAAGUUAUAAUCUGUACAGUUGUCUGUCUGUUCUGUCAUGUUAACAUAAUGAAGGGUUGCUGAAACUCAUGUAUCUUGAAAAGGUAUUGUUUAAACUCAUUAACAGUUACGUAAGAUUAUAUAAUAAAUUAAUUAUUACGAGCAGACAGUAAAACCCUUCUAAUUGUAACUAAGGUUUUAGCUCUAGAGAAUUUAAUUGACAAGUUGUAAUGGAAAAUAACAGUUAUGUUCUGAGUCCUCAAGAUUUGAAGGUUUUUACAUAAAGAUAAGAAACAUGGCGGGUUUUGUGAGGGUUUGAUGGUUUCUCGGCAGUCUAUGGUGUUUUAAUGGCGGUCGCAGAUGCUUAUGAAGUUCUCAAGGACUAUAUUACACACUUUUGAAAGUCAUAGGCGAGGAUCCGGCUUAGAAUGGUUAUCUAUAAAUAUUUAUAUAUAUGAUGAAAAUUUCGAACAAAUUUAUAUAACUUUCUUAUUUUAGACAUGGCAUUAUAAGGCACUUCUAAGCUGUAUCCUAACCUGAACAUUUCAAAUGUGUUCUAGACAUUUUACAAAAUAUUUUGAACGAAAUGUAUUCACGAAGGCAUUCAUAUAAUUUAUUGAAACGAUUUACUGAAAACAACGCGUACAUUUUGCUACAUUUCACAUCAAAAAAAUAUGCGUAGGCCCACCACCUACGCAUACUGCGACAAUAAGGAUGACAUAAUCCUGUCAACGAUAAAAAAUUGUAAGAUAUAAAAGCUAAUGAAUGACCUUUAAGUCGUACGGAAUACCAGUCAUAAAGCACUAACGAUGACUAAAUAAGAAAACGUGUCGUCCAUUACACAAUGCCCUGAAUAUUAAUGUCACACAAAAUUUCGCCCAAAAUUUGAAACAGGCCAAACCAUUUAUGUAAGAUACUCCUCGCUUAAUAUAACACAAUUAUCUUGACAGUUAAUUAGAUCGCGACGAAUUGGGAAGGAGAAUAAUUAAUGUAAAUUGUCUGUAAAUAAUUAAAACGCAAAUUAUUGUCCAAUUUUAAAUAAAUAGAUACGGGAUAUAUGAAUUAUGAACGUCAACGAAUAAAAUUUGUUAUAAAUUA